AUGACUUUGAAUAAUAAAACAUCGGAAUCAGUGAUGCGGCAGGGAUUUGAACCUCUAAUUAAAUGGACGAUUCUUGCAGAGAGCACCUUCUGCGUUUCACUGGCAAAAGGCUCCAGAGGCCUGGGGCUGAGCGUCACCGGAGGCACCGACAGCGGCGGAUCCUGGCCCGGCCUGAUCCGCGUCAAAAGGCUGUUCCCACAUCAACCGGCCGCAUCCUGCGGAGUCCUCAAUGUUGGAGACCUCAUCCUCGAAGCAAACGGCAUCGCCUUAACAGGACUCACCAAUUACGAUGCUCUUGAAGUGUUGAGGACGACUGCCAGCCAGGUGGAAUUGAGGAUCUGCCGACCGCCUCCGGACGUUCUCAAUUGUGUUAGUCCGAUUUCUGAGGUACCGCCGCCGCCGCCACGGCGCGAGCCGCCCUCCAAUCUGAACCUGACGCCGGCCAACCUCAGCUCCGACGACGAUCAAUACAACGGGGAAUUCGAAAUCACAAUGAGGAAGAUACACGGAUCUUUAGGUUUCACGCUGAGGAAGGAGGAUGACAGCGCCCUGGGCCACUACAUCCGGGCCAUGGUCAGAGUUCCAGCACUCAACGACGACAGGAUUCGAGCCGGUGAUAAAAUCGUUGCUGUGAAUGAUGUAGAGAUUUCGUCUAUGACGCAUGAGGAGGCAGUGCAGUUCCUGAGGAAAUGUGGGGACCUGGUGAAACUGAGGCUGUACCGCGAUGCUGCACAAACACCGGUUGCGACGUUAUCCCCGACGGAAACGACGCCGCGCACCUCUUUCACACGAAAAGCACAACUGAGACAAGAAGCUGUGGACAUGCUGAACGACAUCGCCGUGCGAAAGUUGAUUCCAACGCAGCAGGAAUCUAUCAGAAAUAACAGCUCCCAAUCGCCGCAGUCGACGUCCCCGAGGCGCAUCCGAUCGAGACCCGUCUGUCCAUCGGACGCUUCUCAAGAGUACUACCCACCCGAAGAGCAGUUCCACGAAGGCCUUCUACAGCGCGGCGGUAAUCUUCCGCUGGAUGAGGAUUCCUUCAAUUCGCUCUUCAUCCAUGACGACGAAGAUCGUCCGUCUCGGCCCAUUUCCCUCGAACUGUACAACCCCAAUCAGACUCCAGUCGCGUGCCGCAAACCCAAGUUCAACUUCUCGCUAGCCCACAACGCCUACGAGCUGAACAAUUUGGAUGCGGAAAUACUGGACGCUCCGAAUCUUACAUACAAUAUGACCGAUGGGGCGAACAGUACCGAGGUCGAGCCUAGCGACAGCUUCCCCAAAGAGCCGGCCAGUAUGCCACACAUGCCCACCGAGGCGGCCACCUUCAGCCACAAGAAUCCAACUUACCAGAGCGCUCAUCCACCAUGCGGCCCGCAGGAAUCGAGGCCGCAGCCUCGGCAGGAGGAACCGGAAAAGAAACCCAGGCGGAAGAAGAGCAUCAAGGAACCACCGAAAACAGUGCCGGAAGAACCACAGAUUUUGGCAAUCGAAUUAACCCGAGGCUGGAACAGCCGGCUGGGUUUCAGCCUGCAAGGACCCACCGGGCAGACCUUCGUCAGCGCCGUGCACGCAGACAGCGUCGCCGCGAAGGACGGCAGGAUCAAGGUCGCGGAUCGCGUCAUCAAGGUUAACGACGAGAGCGUCGAAGGGAUGACGACCAGUGAAAUAAUCGAUCUUCUGAGGAUAGUUCGAGGACCCGUCUGCAUCGUCGUCUUUAGGAAUCCACCCAGCAGACCGGAGAAGGAAUCCUGCCCGAAGCAGGCGAACUGAAUGAAAAGCUGAAGGAAUUUAACAGGAACGAAGGAAUUAAAUAAAAUCCACGCAUUUAAAUAAGAAUUAGCUACAAAAUCUAAAUAUAUAUCCAAGGAGGAA